GAUCGAUUGUUUUCCAUGGCUUCCCUUUAAAAGCCAACCAUACAAAGCUCCUGUAUAAUUUCACUCCCUCAUGCAGAAAGCACAAACCCCUCAUUUAUAGAUUACACAAUCUUCUUCUUUUUUCAUUCAGGGUCUUCUCCCUCUUGGAAUAUGCCUUGAACUGGAGAAUCAUAUAUGAUGUUCCGCGGUUCAGUUCUUCACUAACGCUUUGCGGUUAUUCUCUCUCGAAGCAGAUUUUGUGCGUGAGAAAAGAGGGGUUCUCUAUUUCAUUUAUUCAGGAGCUGAAUUUCGAGGGUUCAGCUCUAUCUGCUGAGGUUAAUAGCAAUGGCGGUGGAAGAACACAAGGAGGCGUUGUUGCAAAGGCAUUACUAUGAGAAUUGCCCCGGCUGCAAAGUCGAGAAGCUUAAGGAAUCGCGGAGAGGCUUGCCGAUCCGCGAGCUCGUGUCAAUCUGGAUUGUUGUGCUCUGCAACGCACUGCCAAUAUCAUCUCUAUUCCCAUUCCUUUAUUUCAUGGUUAGAGAUUUCCAUAUCGCCACAAGAGAGGAAGACAUCGGGUAUUAUGCCGGUUGUGUAGGUUGUUCAUUCCUAUUCGGUAGAGCCUUAACAUCGAUUUUUUGGGGAAUUGUGGCGGAUCGUUACGGGCGAAAACCAGUCAUAAUUAUGGGAACAAUCGUUGUGGUUAUCUUCAACACUCUCUUCGGCCUAAGUGUGAACUUUUGGAUGGCCAUUGCUACGAGGUUUCUUCUAGGAAGUUUAAAUGGUUUACUCGGACCGAUCAAGGCUUAUGCGAGCGAAAUAUUCCGUGAGGAGUACCAAGCGCUAGGAGUAUCGACUGUUAGUACAGCAUGGGGGAUAGGAUUGAUUAUCGGUCCAGCUCUGGGAGGUUAUCUUGCCCAGCCCGCAGAAAAGUACCCCUCGAUAUUUUCCAAAGAAUCAGUGUUCGGAAAAUUUCCCUACUUCUUGCCCUGUCUCACCAUCUCACUUUUUGCAUUGGUAGUUUCUAUCGGAUCCUGCUGGCUUCCGGAAACAUUGCAUAUGCACCACGGAUAUUGCGAGCAUGAUGAGUCUAGAAAAGAUGUGGAGACCGUAUCCCUCGAGUCUGGUGUGAAAUGCAAGACACAAAAGGUCGAAACAGAAGCUCCGAAAAGGUCUCUGAUUCGUAAUUGGCCCUUGAUGUCGGCCAUCCUGGCGUACUGCGUCUUCUCGCUUCAUGACAUGGCUUACUCAGAGAUCUUCUCGCUUUGGGCCGUAAGCCCUAGGCGAUUAGGGGGUUUAAGCUACACGACUGAAGAUGUUGGAACUGUUCUUUCCAUCUCAGGUGCCGGCCUUCUCGUCUUCCAAACAUGUUUAUACCCAUACUUGGACAGACUUCUUGGCCCCAUUUUGGUAGCUCGCAUUUGUGGGGUCUUGUCGAUACCACUCUUGUCAAGCUACCCUUUUAUAGCCAUGCUGACCGGGCUAAGUCUCUCCAUAGUGUUGAAUUGCGCAUCAGUUGCGAAAAAUGUCCUUUCUCUUUCCGUCUUCACCGGCUUGUUCCUUCUGCAAAACAAAGCCGUUGAUCAAGAUCAGAGAGGGGCUGCUAAUGGAAUCGCAAUGACCGCCAUGUCUCUCUUCAAGGCGGCCGGUCCAGCUGGAGGAGGCGCAAUAUUCUCUUGGACACAGAAGCGUCAGGACGCGGCCUUUCUCCCAGGCAACCAGAUGAUCUUCUUCAUCUUGAAUGUGGUCGUGGCAAUCGGGGUGCUGAUGACUUUCAAGCCGUUCCUUGUCCAGCGCCGUGAUUAAAUGAAAGCAGAGUUGAACCCGCAUGGAUUCUAAGUAUAGGGCUGCAAAAACUAAAGCAGGGCUUGCAAAACAUUAGCUGCCAUUGGAUUCUUUCACAAGCUGAGUCCGGCCUGAAACUUGUUCGCAAGCUCAUCCAAAUGGAAGAGUUGGACAGGUCCAUCCAUCUCGGCAUGGGUCUAGGGGUGUGUCAGGCUCUCCAGAUCCUAAGCACAAUUUGAGUAGCUUAGGGAAGUAAUUCCAUCAUUAGCCCAAUCAUCAUAUGAAGAGUAUAUUACAUAUCUUACGUCGUGGUCGAACCUAUAUACAAAAGUUUGGGUUCGCUAUAUCAACGUUGACUGCCUGUUGAUCAAGUCUAGUCCAUUGUUCAGUUACUUAAUUUUAGAGGUACCCCUCACUGUCACUAUAUUUUCAUGAAAUCCAGGUUAAAGUCUCGAGAA